GUCAUUUGGCGUCUUUUUAUUUUUUCAUACUCCACAAAAUUUAUUAAAAUGUCGGACAAGCCAAAUAAUCCAGCCGAAAAAUGUCUCAAAAAAUCAAAUCUCUUAGUGUACCAACAGCCAGUAGGGACAAAGACUGAACGGAAUAUUGAAUGCAUCAGUAAAGGAAGGGUGCAACCUUCGAACUGCCCCCAGGAGAUAAAGCGUAUUAAAGUAUGCACUGGGGCAGAUUUGCGAAAAAUGUGCGCCCCUAAGGUGUGUCCUUGCGAUCCAGCCAAACGUAGGAGAGGUUUUGGCCUGGGAAGGCUUUUAGGGUUUAGUGCGAAGGCCGCAAUAGCUGCUGGCAUAUUUUAUGUGACGUACGACAUGGGAAUCUGGGGUACAACAGACGACACCCAAGAACUCUGCAAGACUGUUUGCGCGCUUUUGAAAGGGCCCCAACCGCACAAAAGCGAAAAAUGGGAUCCACCUUCUUGCCAAGCCGCAAGAGAUAUGUUCACCGCACCAGGGUUCGAUCCAUAUGGACACUGCGAUGCUCCUCCCGUGAGUUUUGGAACUGUUGUUUCGAAAAUGCAGCAAAGUUGGAAUUGGGCAGUAAGCGGCUUAUUUAGGGGACUAGCAGGAUUACCUCACAAUGUUAUCGGGCAAUUCAAGCGCGAAACAGUCAAGAGCGACCAGACCAAAUCCGUACAUAACUCCGAUUCGGCUCAAGAAGAGCAACAAAAACCGUGAAAUCUGUAAACACAAAAUUCUAAAAAUAAAUUUUCA